UCUGACUUCCCUCCUGCYUCUCCGCGGUGUAAACUCAGCAGGGGGACAGUGAGCAAACGGUGGGAGGAAAGGAGGGGGAUAAAACCCUUCAGUCUGCCGGAGGUGUGGGGACGGRAAAGGCGUCCACACGUGGGGCCAGAACAAACCAGGAGCCUCGAUUCACAAAGAGGAAGAGAAGUAAGAGGGAGAAAAAAAAAAUCCAAACUUUGACUAAACUGCUCGAGUGAAACAUGCCAAAUGUGUUACUUCUUUGAGAGAAGACRAGCGGUUUUGUCCCUAUCAACUACUGUCAGCUAGUUAGAAAACAGGACUGCUCACAGCGGGAGGAGAUCAUGGAAAACCUCUGGAGGAGAUGGAGAACGGAGGCGCUUAAAUUUCUGAGGAACUCUCUGCUGCUUGGUUUAUUCACUGGUGGUAGCGAGGCGCACUGUGAAGGCUGCAUAGAGUACUGCUGUGAAGGCUCGCCACCUUUCUGCUGCUCCUACUACGCCUACGUCGGGGACGUCCUCUCAGGCACCGCCAUCUCCGGCAUAGUGUUCGGCGUGGUGUUUCUGAUGGGGGCGGUGGCGGCCCUGUUCCUGUGCGUGUGCAUGUGCAUGAAGAACGGACGUGGAGCGCGGGUCGGAGUUUUCAGCACCUCCUACAUCAACACUGUUACCCAGGGUUACCCAGGUCCUCCGCCUCCUUACAGCUACGACUAUGAGAUGUACCCACCAUCAUUACGACCCCCACCCUACACCCCAGCCCAGCCUCAACAAGCCAACUACUCUCCGCCACCUCCUUACCCCGGCUUCACCCGCAAGUGAGUUCUUGCCAUGCAGAUCGCACGCUGGCUGGACCAUAAAUGGACACUCAUCGCGGUCGCUCUUCGGGUUCACCAAACGAAAAUUGUCAGAAUACCCCUCCCGCCCCCCAACUCUGCUCCCUCUGCCCCCUAACGCUCAGCUUUACUGCACUGCCGCUGCUUUGAAGCAGAACCACUGGUGGGAAUAGAACCAUUUGAGAGAAAAUGUGGGUCAGGAUUGGAAACGCACACAUGCCUCAUCACGUCUGUAAGACUUAACUUGUUGGCAGCUUAACUGUUCUGACCUGUACUCUCUGCCCCCGUUUGUGCACAUCAAAGGUACUGGCUACACUUUGAUGAAAGUGAAGACCAUGUUUUUUUCUUUUUUCCACAUCAUCACGAGUGGAAAGGAAUUGUCAGCGAUAAACUGCGGACAACUUCUUGUUUUUUGUUUUUUUUCAUUCUUAGAGCUAUUUUGCUCCACUUUUAUUUGAAACGAUGAUUAUUUUUUUAUUAUUAUAUCAGAUCUGGACCUGCUUUGUAUUAAACUGAAAGACUUGACUUAAUCCAUUAUGAUAAAAAUGCUGACUUUAAACCAUAGGCAGCUCAAAACUGGAUUGUUAUAAUAUACUGACUUUUUUUUUUUUUUUUUUUGCCGCAUUUUAAAUAAUGCGGGGUAUUAAUAUGUUGGGGGAAUUUUUUUAAAACUCAAAGUGACUUCACUGUGACUUGAACUGUGAAUUGAUGGGACUUCAUCAUUAUAAAUAUCAGGUCAAUAACUGUUUCUCUACUGUSUCAGUGCCUGUGUUGUAAAUUAAAUAUAUGUUUUUGAAUACA